UGGAAGGUAUCAUCCGCCAUACUCCACCUCCCAAUAGUUUAGUUCUUCAUGUGAAGUUAUAGUACCCAUAAAAAUCCCGGAAAAAGCCCAUAAAAAUACCCCAACAACACACCGCUAAAAAGAUUGCCGAAUCACCAAAAGUGAAAUAGCAAAUUGAUAAAUCGGCCAAAUCAUCUACACGGCAUAGUGACUGAUCCCUAGAUCCCAUCACUUCCCAAUAAAUCGUUGUCAAGGUGCCGUGUGAUUUCCAAGAGAGAGGGGGUUUUUACGCGGAUUGUCGAGGGGGGCCAAAAGUGGGGAAAACUUUUAGAGCCCAAGAAUAGCCCAUCGAGCCCCAAAAGAAAAACGCUCUAGGAUAAAUAGAAUAAAACAAAGUGCAAAACGUUGUAAAAGGGGGAGGGGUUGUGCCGACGGGCAGAAGAGCCGACGAUAGAAUCAGAGUGCCAUCGGCUGCCCAACGGUGUCCACUUUUUUUUUUUUACAAUAAAACAGUGAAUAAAGCCCGAUAUUUCAAUAAUUAUCCAGCCAGUGCCUCAAACUCAUCCCAAAUCCACAGGCCAUCACAUCUGAAACACCGAGGAUUCGCCAGUAUUUUUCAUCAAAUCUAAUGUUCAUAAUUGUGAAUAUAUCCGAAUUUAUUUAACUGGUUAACUGGAGUUUACGGCGGAUGCCCCUCCCACUCAUUCCGACUAGACUAAAAAUUCACAGAGCAUUAGAAAAUUAAGUGAUCGGUGACAAUCAUCAUCGAUUCGGUUGGACCUGAAUUCUCAUAAUUGUCAGGAUUCGGUGUAAUAUUUGGAAUAUACUCCACGUUUUCACUCAUGUUCUCCCUGGCAAUGUGUUAUCCAUGCAAUUGGUGAAUUACGUGGUAACAGUUGGAUUUUGAAGUUUGAGUGAGUGGAGAAGGGGUGAUUUAUUAUUUUUGAGGAUAUUGGAGAUGUCCCUGGAGACACGCUCCAGCUCGGCCCUCUUCAAGAGGGCCGAACAGCUCAAACGUUGGGAACAGUCUGAGACUAAUAGCCAACCGGCCCAACCGAAACAAAUAGCACGAAAGAUCAAGUUCUCGGCCGACUGUGUCUUUUUGGCUGCUUGUGCUGCUGGUGAUAAGGACGAGGUCGUCAGACUUCUGCAGAAAGGUGCUGAUAUCAACACUGGAAAUGUCGAUGGCCUGACCGCUCUUCACCAGGCGUGUAUUGACGAUGACUUGGAUAUGGUGGAGUUUUUGGUGGAACAAGGUGCUGAUAUCAAUCGUGGUGAUAACGAGGGAUGGACGCCUUUACACGCCACUGCCUCCUGUGGAUUCAUAUCUAUUGCAAAGUACUUAAUUGAACAAGGCUGCAAUCUAGCAGCUGUGAAUAACGAUGGAGAGCUGGCGGUUGAUAUCGCCGAGAGCAACGAAAUGGAGGAUUUGCUCCAGCAGCACAUCAAUAAAGCAGGGAUCGAUUGCGAUCAGGCGAGAAGUGAAGAGGAGAGAUCGAUGCUGAGUGAUGCGAGAGCCUGGCGAUCUGGAGCACCAGGAAAAGAUGCCACCCAUCCACGCUCCGGUGCUACUGCGUUGCACGUUGCCGCUGCCAAGGGUUACAUAAAAGUUAUGAACAUACUUUUACAAGCGAGAUGCGAUGUCAAUGCACAGGAUUACGACGGCUGGACGCCACUCCACGGUGCAGCCCACUGGGGCCAAAUAGAGGCCUGCAAACUUCUCGUUGAAAAUUUUUGUGAUAUGGACAUGAAGAACUACGCGGGUCAAACAGCCUUCGAUAUUGCUGACAACGACAUUGUCAAGGCCCUCGAGGAGCUGCAGAAGAAGCAGCAGGGGAUGAUGAAGGAUCAGCCCCAGUUGAACAACAAGAAACAAUCGACGAUACCAAAGAAGAGAGUGUCUCCAACUAUUGAGAAUGCUGUCGUGUCCCAAGAGGGUAAUGACACGUUUGAGGAGGAGACACCGAAUAAGGUGAUAAAAGUUGAACUAGAAAUUCAGUCGGAUAAAGAGGAUACGAGUACAGGAACGAAUAGCGAUGUCGAAAGUGGAGAAGAGACUGAUAUUGAAGCGAGCGAAGUUGAGGGUGAAUCUGAGAGUAACUCAGAAACACAGACUUCCUCGGGUUCCAAUCGGUCUCAUCCUUCUGAUCAGUCAGUAGGUCUUACAGAUGAUGAAAAGAAAAAUAGAGCCAAUAAAGACGACACUGGAUCUCUCAGUCCAGUGUCACCUGCAGAAAUAUCCAAGGUUCCUAAUCAAGCUCCAAUAUUGCCACCAAAACAACAGACUGAAAAUGCAGAAGAGGGAAUUAUUCCGUCCUGGAGGCGCUCUGGUUCAUUUAGGAAUAGGAUUCAAGAGGCUGAAUCUACGAAUUCAUUAACAUCGAAAAUUGAAGACAAAGAAAAUUCAUCAACGAAGACACCGAUAAUCCCCAACAAAGUGAACCCCGAGCCAGAGGUCGUUCUUCGUCGGACUCACAGCUUCGAGAAAGAUGAAAAGUUCUAUGAGCAGUACCUGGCAUUGCAAGCUCGAAUCAUGGCAUCUUCCUGCCCUACACUCCACCGCUGUCAUCAAGCUACUCCUUACCACACCAACGCUACGACCACUCGUUCUGCGUCCUUGCGCGAAACUCACAGGAAAAAGGAGGUGAAGCUGAAUCUGGAGCUUUCUCGAGUCCCCCAGGAGAGCAAUGCGUCGUCUCCCACUUCUGUAUCAAAUAAAAUUUUGUCAUCACCAACACUGCCAACUGGUACGAGUUCAAGUACAACAUCCACUGCCUCAACGACUACCAGCACAGCCACCACCACCACCAGUCCAGUCCCAGCUAAUCAGAUCCGCAGCGUACAAUCGGUGGAAACAAGUUCAACAAACGUUUCACCUACUCGUAACACAGCGACAACAACUUCAGCGCCAAAUACACCGGCUGGAAGCAAACUCAGUCCUGGAAAUAUCUUCAAGAAUUUCUUCAAGUCAUUUGUGCCACCUGUUCGUGACGAGGAGAGUGAAACGCAGAGGAAAGCCCACGCAAAGAGAGUCCGUGAGACUCGACGAUCGACCCAGGGUGUCACUCUGGACGAGAUAAAAAGUGCAGAGCAAUUAGUAAAGAAGAAACAACAGCAGAGUAACGAUACGUCUCCAGUGUCUGCACCCCAGCCUGCAGCUUCAAUCGGUCAAACGGCCUCGAUCACAGCUACGAUAACAACAGCAACUCCUACGACUGUAACUCCAAACAAAUUACCUGAAGAGACUAACCUGCCUGAAAGACGACCCUCAUGGCGGUUGAGGGUAGAUAAUGGGAGCAAGUUUCAGUUGGAAGACGCCAACAAUAUAAAAUCAUCGGAUACGACAACAGCGUACAUACGAAGGCCUUCAGGUGGAACGGGAAUACCUAGACCCAGUUCAGCCCCAGUGGAAACAAUUACCACUGGUACAGCCGAUGCAACCGUUACCCUACCAUUGAGACGAUCCUUGAAAUCACCUGAGGACAAAGAACAAGACAAGGAGAAUGAUAGUAGAAAUGCUCAGGCAACACAGGCGGUUAUUCAGAGGCGAAGACGACCCAAAAGAAGAUCGACAGGUGUUGUUCACGUGGACAUGGAUGAGAUCGAUCCAGAGAAACAGGAUGGCUCGAGUGUGGGGGAGAGUGAGGAGGGGAAAAAUAAUCACACUGAGAGUGGAAAUGAACGUUCUGGACGAUCGAGUCGUCUCGGUUCAGUCACGUCUGUCUCUUCAGAGGUGCCGUCGACCCCCAGUAGGACAAAAUCAACAAAUUCGGAGAAUGGAGAGUUGGAUUAUAAAAAAUUGUGGGAGGAAUCGCAGGCGGAGAAUGAGCGAUUGAAGGACAAGCUGAGGAGAUCGGAUGAUCAGCUCAAGGAGACCAGGAGUUUGCUGGAGAAGGCCCAGAGUAAUCAAAACAAAGCUGCCUUAUCAGAGAUCGAAAAACGGGAGAGACGAGCCAUGGAGAGAAAAUUAUCUGAGAUGGAAGAGGAGCUCAAGAUGCUGGAGCAGUUGAAGUGCGAGAACCAGAGGCUAAAGGACGAGAACGGAGCUCUCAUAAGAGUUAUCAGUAAGCUUUCCAAAUAAACGAAUGAUUCAUUCUCUUUGGUGCAUCCAAAGAGGCCAAAUGAUAAAAUAAAGAUUUGUCGAAAGGCUGCAAAUGAAUAUUUGUCAAAUUGUAUUAUUUACUUUAUCCAUAUUA